AUGGAGUUGAUACAGCUCUCACAGCCUUCAAAGUCCCUUCAUUUCCCUUACCAAACUCUUGUAUUUGCCACCGUAUGGGACCUUGCCUCCCUGAACAUCGUCUUGGGCCUGAAUAGCGAAGCCUCAAAGCCCUUCAAAGCCAUCGCUACCGCUUUAUGGGCCUUCACUGCUUACUACGAUGAAGAGCUCACCACGGUCUAUGGAGUAGAAUUUGGCUUCGAUUCAAACUUUACUGCAAAGGUCGCAUCAGCCGGAGCUCAUGGUACCAAAAUUGAAGACAUCAUACCGGCUCGCGGUCUAGGUCAAGGAAUUGAGAAGUCAUUGUAUCCUUUGGACGAACAAAUUCACCGCCUGAAGCUAGCAGUUCGAUCCGUAGCUGACGCAGGCCUUCCUGAUAUUGUAAUAAACGCCCACUGUGACGUGUUCGCUUUGCAAGACGACCUCAAGCUGAAUCACGAAACGUGUAUGAAAGAGGCAGUGAAGCGUGGCAAAGGAUAUCUAGACGCUAGACGCGGAUAUGGUGCGGGUUUUACGGAAGGUGACGUGCAGACCGCGAUACGCCUAGGCCAGACUCGGGCAGCACUCUCAGUGUUACAGCUGGCUAAGCUAGGGGUUGCCAGAAUCAAUGUUGGAUCCGGCCUCUUCCAGAUAGCCAUGAAUGCUGCCAAGAAAUCCGCCAUUAGUGUCCUUGAAGGCGGGCUUCUGGAGGAAGUUUAA